AUGGCGCAUGCCUCGGAUCAUCUGCGAGCAUCUCAUUUCUUUCGUGUUGUUCGUUUCUUCAAUUCUUUUAUAUUUCUAUGUGGUUUUGCCUUUACAACAGCAACAAUUUCGUCCGAGAAGAAAAUCGGUGGUUCGUUCGGUGACCCUGGUGUUAGGGGAGGGUGUACGGCAAUAUUUUAUACCACAGACAACAAAAUCAGUGGCUUCUGGCUCUAUAAACUGAAACUGGACUUCUACUUUGGCCGGGAUCUCGACCCGAGCUAGCAUUUGCUAAGGGAAAAAUUUCAAGAUCACUUCAGAUCACUUGACUGGAGUAUACAAGGACUGAAGAUUCAACAUCAGAUCACCCCUGUUUUUUUAACUGACCGUCUUGAAAAUGAAGAUUGUUACACCAAACCCAGAAGUCUCCCUCUUUGAAGAUGGUGUUACCACCCAGGAAAUCAUCACCACAAUGAUGGAAAUGAAUGAAAAUGAGGACGAUGCAUUUUACUGUGUAGAUAUUGGUGACAUUUUACUGAAACAUUACAAGUGGAAGAAAUUGUUGCCGCGAAUUGAGCCGUUUUAUGCAAUCAAGUGUAAUACGGAUCCACUUGUACUUGAGAUGAUGGUCAACCUAGGGAUGGGAUUUGAUUGUGCUAGUAAGGUUGAGAUGCAGACGAUGCUUGCAUUAGAUGUCAAACCUCAUCAAAUCAUCUUUGCAAAUCCAUGCAAGCAAAUGACGCAUUUGAAAUAUGCUGUUGAUCAUGAUAUUGAUCUUAUGACUUUUGAUAAUGAAAGGGAGUUAAGGAAGAUCAAGGACCUUGCUCCAAACUCCAGAUUACUACUACGACUAUUGACCGAUGACUCAAAGUCUCUUUGUCAGCUUGGCCUGAAAUAUGGUGCUCCGCUUGAGCAAUGUCAACAUUUGCUUGAAGUUGCUUACCAACUUGACUUGAAUGUCGUUGGUGUAAGUUUCCAUGUUGGUAGUGGAUGUUUUGAUGCCACGGCUUUUAAAACUGCCAUUGAAUCUGCAAGAAUGGUUUUUGAUUGGGCCGAGAAGAUUGGAUAUUAUUUCACACUCCUGGACGUAGGAGGUGGAUUUCCCGGCUCCGCCAGUAAAGAUAUUUGUUUUGAAGAAGUGUGUUUGGUUUUGAAUAAAACCUUGGAAGAAUGCUUUCCAUCAGAGAAUGUGAAAAUAAUCGCCGAACCAGGUCGCUUUUACGUAAGCACAGCUUUCACUUUAGUCACGAAUGUGACGUCAAGACGAGAGACUAGCGCGAAGUUUACCUUUUUGAAUAAAGGGAAUCUUUCUCAGACAAAGUCUUCAAAGGGAUACAUGUAUUACAUCAACGAAGGUGUUUAUGGCUCUUUUAACUGUCUCAUAUUCGAUCAUGCUACCGUUGAACCGAUACUCUUACGUCAUCACCAUGACAACGUAGAAAAGUACCCGUCAAGCAUUUGGGGUCCUAGUUGCGACUCAAUGGAUUGCGUUGCCAAGAGCGUGAUGUUGCCAGAAUGUGACGUGGGUGAUUGGCUUUACUUUAAAGAGAUGGGAGCCUACACCUUGUCUGCUGCCUCUGGGUUUAACGGCUUUCUUCCUCCGCAAUGUCUCUAUUUUAUUACAUUCGGGGCAAAGUCAGCUCUUGAAAAGUUACUGCCAACGAUUUCGUUCGUCAAAGUGAAGGCGAAAAAGGUUGUCCAAGAAUAUUGUGAUAAUUUUCUGAACUUCAACAUCGAUAUUCAAAUGAUUGCAUCAAAUGCUUAGUUUGAGUUGCCUUCGUCAAAUUUCGCCGUUUGUGUGGACUUGGGAAAAGGAUAGAUACCUACACAGUAUAUAUAUUUAUGACAACGAAGGAUUCUUCAAACCGAGAAUAAUUUAUUUCUUUGCUUUCUUUAUAAUGUGCAUUUUUGAUAUAUUGAUUGCAUUUGGCGAUUAGCGCAGUAUCUUGAUAAUGUAGUUGUGAUAGUUAAAUUAUAUGCUAGACAUCUCAAAUUAGAUGUAUAUCCAAUAUA